GCACGUGAUCAGUCUGGACGCUGCACACUGAAGACGCCGUAGAAGAAGAGUUCGCAUUGUAAACACAAGGAUAUGGCUGACGAGAGGGGUGGAGGUGAGGACAACGUUCACGACAACAUGGGGAACCAGUUACAGAUCUUACCAGACAACGAGGAAGAGGAGGAGGAGGAAGACGACAUGGAGACUGAAGACCGAGACAAUGAGGAUGCAGAGAAGCCCACUGCCAUCAACUUUGACCCCAGUCUUCCCACAUCACAUUCUUACCUGGGCUCAGACAUGGAGGAGUUUCACGGCCGUACAGUCCACGAUGACGACAGCUGUCAGACCAUCCCUGUGCUGCCACACACAGCUGUGAUGCUGGUGCCGGGUCAGACGCUGCCUCUGCAGCUCUUCAGGCCCCAGGAGGUCAGCAUGAUGCGGAGCGUCAUCCAGAAAGACCGCACCUUUGCUGUGCUUGCACACAGCAGUGAUGCAGGUGAGUCGGAGGCAGAGUUUGGGACAACAGCUGAAAUCUACGCAUACCGAGAAGAGCAGGAAUAUGGCAUUGAAACUGUCAAAGUGAAAGCUGUAGGCAGGCAGAGAUUCAAGGUCCAUGAGAUAAGAACUCAAGCAGACGGGAUCAGACAAGCCAAAGUACAGAUCCUUCCUGAAAGAAUCCUUCCAGAUCCCCUCUCUGCCGUGCAGCUAACACCCCUCUCCAGGCUCCACAUGCACCCCUCCUCCAAACCCCCGACUCAGAGCUGCAAACAGGCCUCACGCUGGUGGAAUAACUACCAGCAGAGGAAGUUUAGCUGUGCCAGUCUGACGCCAUGGCCACCCUGGGUCUACGGACUCUACGACUCUGAGCUGCUCAUGAACAGAGUGAAGAAACAGCUCCAUGAAUGGGACGAGAAUUUAAAGGAUGACUCCCUCCCUAAGAACGCCGUAGACUUCUCCUACAGAGUGGCGGCCUGUUUGCCCAUAGACGACGCUCUGCGGCUUCAGCUGCUGAAGAUCGGCAGUGCCAUCCAGAGACUUCGCUGUGAGCUGGACAUCAUGGACCGGUGCACAUCACUGUGCUGUAAGCAGUGCCAGGACACAGAAAUCACCACAAAAAACGAGAUCUUCAGCUUGUCUCUGUAUGGACCCAUGGCUGCAUACGUAAACCCUCAUGGUUAUGUCCAUGAAACCCUGACUGUCUACAAAGCCAACAACCUCAACCUUGUCGGCAGGCCGUCCACACUGCACAGCUGGUUUCCAGGGUACGCCUGGACAAUCGCUCAGUGCCGAACCUGCGGAUCUCACAUGGGUUGGAAGUUCACAGCCACCAAGAAGGACUUGACUCCACCUCGUUUCUGGGGUCUGACUCGUUCAGCUAUGCUCCCCCGUAUCCCCCCUGGCGAGGGGGAGGAGGGGAGGGAGGGCUCUCGCCUUUUCUGCCUGUGAUUUUUGGACCAUCACUUAGUGUAAAAAAAGA